UGUUGUUGUUAGAUUAGUUGCGAAACGUGACACUGGUGGAAAGGAAGAAUGGCUGAAAUAAGCGCUGGUCAAGAAUUUGAAGAAGUAUUACAUCUUCAGCCUCCAGAGACGUUAACAGGCAGUGCUUGGAUAAAACAUGCUUCUAUAAAUUUCAUCGCAGGCUGCAUGGGAGGGGCCGCAGGAACGUUAGUUGGGCAUCCUUUUGACACAGUCAAGGUACGAAUACAAACUCAAGGUGCUAAGAAACUAUACACUGGUGCUCUAGAUUGUGUCACCAAAACCAUCAAAAGUGAAGGAGUAAAUGGCGUUUACAAAGGGAUAACUGCACCACUCCUUGGCCUUACCAGUAUCAAUGCAAUAAUAUUUGGUGUACAUGGGAGUGCAGUGAAAUACAUGCAACCAGGCCUCAGGACAGAGGUAUUAGCAGGCAUGAUGGCGGGAGCUGCACAGAUGGUCAUUAUAAUUCCAAUUGAAUUAGCUAAAACUAGACUCCAGGUUCAAGGACAAGGCCAGCGACUUAAGAAGGACAGAAAAGUUUACACUGGCCCUUUAGAUUGCUUGAAGAAAAUAUACAAAAUGGAGGGAAUCCGGGGCUGUUAUAGAGGGACAUUGGCUGGUAUUUUACGGGAUAUCCCUGGAUUCGGUGUUUAUUUUGGUACUUAUUUCACAUUAACACACGCAAUUUUACCUAAAGGAAAAACAAUAAAUGAUAUAGGGCCAAUUGAAUUAAUGCUGGCUGGUGGACUGACUGGGAUGAUCUCGUGGACUUUCUCUUACCCCGCUGACAUGAUAAAAUCGAAAAUUCAAGCCGAAGGUUUGGCACCAGUUGGCAAGUAUAAGAGCUAUGCAGACUGUAUUAGACAGAGCAUCAAGGCAGAGGGUUAUGGUGUGUUUACCAGAGGACUGUCUGUUUGUGUUGUUAGGGCUUUCCCUGUCAAUGCUGCCACUUUCGCAGGCGUAGAGGUAGCAUUGAGGCUGAUGGGAGAGCACCGCAAGACGUGAAUUUUAUAACAGCGUAUUUGAAUUGAUAGUUGUUGUGGUAAUUAAUGAAUCUGAUGUGACUCUGUAGUCGCAUCAAACCUAUGUAAUAUAAACGUUUACAUGCUGCUAGUUUAACAUGACGGUUUUUCAAAUUUUAUGUACUUUCACAUUGGGUAGAAGAACAACAAAGGGUAGACGUAAGGAGGCGCGUUUUGUCAUGCCUAAUAAUAAUUUUUAACAAACUAAUCCGACACAUCCUCAGCCAUUCGAACAUUUUCUAUCACAUAUUUGUACCACGUGGAAUUUGAAUUUUAUUGGCCUAUAAUCGUGCGUGAUUUAUGCCAGUGAGUGUACGUUUGUAUUUAUUUUGAAUUAUUUAAAUGGUAAUCGCUAAGUUCACCUGAACUUGGUUGUACUUUGUAAGUUCACCUGAACUUAGAACGUAGUUAUUUGAGUAUUUUAGAAAAAUUCAAUUACAAUUGCUGCCUAAAA